AUGCUUACAAGGUGCAUUAGAAGACAAUUGACAACGUCCAGCCGUCUACUCAAGGGUAAAAUCUACCCCAAGAUCGAGGACUGCGAGGACCUAGACAAACUUAUCAACUCGGCGUCAUGGAAUGUAAGCGAUGCCAUUCCAAACCCAGAUAAUAUUGAAGAAGACAUCACGCCCGAGCUCGUGCUGAAACUUUUAAAGCAGUCUGGUCUUCCUCACAAUAUUUCCGAAGACUUGUAUAAGCAGCUUGAACAUGCCUUGAGGACCCAGGUUGGCUUCAUCGACGAGCUUUACGACCCGGGCAUGAGCCAUGGAGAACGCAGAGCCAACAACAGUAGGAUGUUUAGACUUUUGGCAUCCGAUCAUCAACCGCCAGAACCGCUCAAUUUGAAGGCAUUGCUUAAGCAGGUAGAGCAAGUGAAGAAGCAAGUUGACCCCGAGAAGGGCGAAACUGGGUUCGACCAUGAGAAGUUCCGUAAUACGAUAAAGUUUGGCGGAAAGUAA